CCCGGGAAAGCUAAAGCGUGGCAGGGGCCGGGCCGGGGAAGCGGAGGAGGCGGGUCUCCAUAGAAACCUCCACCUGUUUCCGGCCAGCCAGUACAAGAUUAGGGGCUGCUGCGGGGGCCAAUCUCAGUCCGCUGGCCUCUUCCCGGCGGCCUCUGCGUGAGCAGUGGGUGUUGUACACAAUCAUCAUGGCGGCGGCCGGGGCCCCGGAUGGCAUGGAGGAGUCGGGCAUGGACACCGAGGCCGAGACGGUGGUAACCGAGGUGCCCGCGCAGCCCCUCAACUGCGUGGAUGCCGAGGCCGCAGCGGGGGCGGCGGGCGAGGACUCCUGCGACGCUCGAGGCAGCCUGCAGCCGGCCCCGGCCCAGCCCCCUGGGGACCCCGCGGCCCAGGCCUCGGUCAGCAACGGCGAAGACGCGGGCGGCGGCGCGGGCAAGGAGCUGGAGCUGGUGGACCUGAAGAUCAUCUGGAACAAGACCAAGCACGACGUGAAGGUUCCCCUGGACAGCACAGGUUCCGAGCUGAAACAGAAGAUUCACUCCAUUACAGGUCUCCCGCCUGCCAUGCAGAAGGUCAUGUAUAAGGGGCUUGUCCCUGAAGAUAAGACGUUGAGGGAAAUAAAAGUGACCAGUGGGGCCAAGAUCAUGGUGGUUGGCUCCACGAUAAAUGAUGUUUUAGCAGUAAACACACCCAAAGAGGCUGCGCAGCAGGAUGCCAAGGCUGAAGAGAACAAGAAGGAGCCUCUCUGCAGGCAAAAACAACACAGGAAAGUGUUGGAUAAAGGAAAACCUGAAGAUGUGAUGCCUUCUGUUAAGGGUGUCCAGGAGCGCCUGCCAGCGGUACCUUUGUCCGGCAUGUACAAUAAGUCUGGAGGAAAAGUGAGACUCACCUUCAAGCUAGAACAAGAUCAGCUAUGGAUUGGCACUAAAGAUUCCUGGAGGGAACCGAACAUCCUAAUUCACCUGUUUCUGGCCAGCACUAGCGGACUGAGAAAUUGCCCAUGGGCUCCAUUAAAAAUGUGGUCAGCGAACCUAUCGAAGGACAUGAAGACUACCACAUGAUGGCAUUUCAGUUGGGCCCCACGGAAGCCUCGUACUACUGGGUGUACUGGGUUCCAACUCAGUAUGUGGAUGCAAUCAAAGACACUGUGCUGGGCAAGUGGCAGUAUUUUUGAAAGCACUUUCACCUCUGGCCCAGGAGACUGACCCAAAGUGAAGGACAUUGUGGGAGAGGCCUGCAGCAUCCUGGAUUUCAGAGUUCUGGACCUUUGCUCACAAAAACAAUCUAUUCAUUCUGAGGCGAUGUGGUGACUGAAGCCAGAGGUGAUGUACUUUCACCAUUAGCUUAAUUUUAACUUAAAAUCACCAGUUCCCUUUCCUGCAGUCAGCGUCAUACCAUUUUUAAAGUCAGUACCAUGGAAAUCAAUAAAUCUGAAUUCCGAACAUGUUGUGUGGAACACUCUAAAGUCUGUCCAAGAGUAGAUCUGCCAGUUAAUGUUGAGAAGGGAAUCAUCAAAAGCUUCCUUUUGUUUUGUUUUUUGCUUUUAAAAAAUGAUUUCAACUGAAAUAUUUUCAUAAACCUUUGGUUGCAAACAUUUGGACUGCAUUGUGCUAAGUUGGGGUGUUUUUGUGUUUUCUUUUUCUUUUUUCUUGAUGUUAAAAUUGUAUGCAAAAUGGGGGGUUUUAGUAAGCCAUAUGUUCCUGUCCAUCGAUUCAGAUUUAAUUCUCUCCCUUUUUAAUUUUCUCACUUCCUCUAGAUUUGAGUUUUUAUUUUAAAAACCCAAAGAUGUCAGUUCCUCUUUUGGUACCUCAUCCACACCUCCUCUCCUGGGCUCCCUUCUGUCAUGCCGCUGCUGCUUGGGAAUGCAUGGGGGAGAGGAGGAGCCGCGGGGUCUUGGUCAGGGAGCUCACACCCUGCCGUGGUGUCUGUGGAGCAGCGGAGUGUCUCACAGGUGAUUCCUGUCUACACAUCCUGCCCUCGGGACCCCAGCUUCUGGGGAGUUCCCUCACUGGUUUGACGGCUGUCGGCAGCCCUCACUGAGCAUGGCUCCCUGGGCCGGCCUGGCAUCACUGUGCCUCAGCCAGGCUGCUCCACAGCCCCAGCUCUGAGGAGGAGCCAGGCAGAAGCUCACUGACACAGCUGUCUACCCACAGAUCUAGAGACCUCUUCGCUUGGGAAGUUUUCAAGACAUUCUUAAGCAGUCCAAUGAUGAUUUCAGUUCUGUUUCUCCGUUUGGUCCUUCUGCUCAUGCAUUAAGUUCAAGUGUCCUUUAUCCCAGCUCCAGAGGUGCUGCCUUUGUCAGUAGGAGGACAUCUGAUCUGGUGGCUUGGCUGAUGGUGUUUGAACAGCAGAAGUGGAAUAAGUUGCUUUCAUGAUAAGCUCAUCUUCUGGUUUUAGCCCUUGCGUUCUUUGUACACGUGAAUUUCUGUCGUCUCCUUAUGACUUGAUUGACUCUGAAAUAAGGGAGUCUUAGUGGAUGGUACCCUUUGUGCUGUUUGCUGUUUCUCUGCUGCUGUCUUUGCAGUUCUCCUCUCUGGUUGCAGGCUCUCGUAGUAAGGUUUGGCAAGAAAUCUUCCCACCUUCAUAUUUGGAUUCCAAGCUGUUACCCUCCUCAUUCUGUGAAACGUAUUAGCAUGUGUUCACCUAAGAUGACUAUUCCUUGUGAGCCAGUUAAUGACGAUAUUAUGUGCCCUUCCCUUCUAAGCUGUAGUUCAGGAAUCCAACCCAUAUAGACAGACUUGCUUUUCGUGGUUGUAGUCAAUGCCAAGUUAUGCAUCUGGGCAAGAAAAUCUACUCUUUGCUUUUUUGGAGGCAUGAGUAUGUAUGUGGAGUACAGCAUCCAAGAAACUAACUGUUUUCAUCCCUUGAGAAAGGAGCAGUCACUGCGCUUUCCUGUUCUCGAUGGCGUGCAGUUCUCGGGGAAGAGUGGGUCUUGGCUCCCUGUCCCAGCCUCCUGUGGUUGACAGGUCUGCAGAGGAAGUGAUCAGGCAGCAGUUGAACACUGCCCUUUUCGUUUGCCAAUGUCCUUGUCUUAAAGACUUGCCUCGCAGUGCCAACUCCCAUUUUUGGUCUGUAAGCAGGUGCUUGUCCCCAGAUCAGCUCUGAGGCCCCUCUCAGAGGCCCCUCUCCUCAGCCCGCCGCUUGCCCCCGGUGCGCUCCCAGCGCCCUCUGGUGUCCCUUCUUAGUGUAUGCCAUUGUCUCCCUGCUGCCCACGGGCCGAACUGCUUCUCACUCAGGCUGGUGUCAUUUCAAGAGGACCAAAGCCUGCGUGAGCCUUUUUAAUUUUCAGUCAAAUGGUGCUUUUUUCCUUACUUCAAGAUACUAUAUAUAAAUAACGAUGUAAAUGACAUCUUUUCGUAUGGAGCUGUUUGAGUAUUGCUUUGUAGAGCUCACUGAAUCUGCUGUCCCAAUCUUGAGCUCUGGCUCCUGACCCUGGCCGCAUGGAAGGCCUCGCUGGCAGCGCUCGAGAGGGCAGAGGCACACGGCACCAGAAGCCCAUGAGAGGAGUGUUUAAGAUCCAUGUGUGGAUCACAGCAGUAUUCACUCUUUUGUCAUUACAUCCUGUGGGCGGUCUCUUUAUAUAUUUCUUACUGUCUGAAAUUUACUGACUAAAUCUGUGUAAGCAAACUGAAAUACUUUUCCGUUUAGGUAGCAUCAUAGUGUUUAUUUUUUUCCUCAGGAUUAUUUCUGUACAGUUUCAUCACUGUCAGAUUGGAGGGGACCAGAACUUCCCCUCCCUGUGGCAGGGGGCAUGCAGGUGGCUAAAGGAAGAGCGGCCUCCCACAGAGGCCUCGGCAGGCAGGGUUACCGGAGGUGAGGAGCGGAGGGGCCUGUCGCUCCAGAGCCCCACAGCGGGCUGCUUUCCCAUCCACAGCUGGUACUGGCGAUCCUCCUGCAGGGCUUCGCUGGCCCUCCUUCCCUCCCUGAGGUGACUCGGGAGCAUAAUGUGACGACAUAAUCCCUGCUGAGCCGGGUCCUCUCAGCACCGUUUCAGUCAGUCAGGUCAGAGAAUUGAGACUUGUGAGUUGCUGGAACUCUUUGGUAUGAAGUAUUUUAAUCUAUGAUGGGCCUUUUGCAAGUAGUAUCUGCUCUUUUUAAAUGCAGUUUAAGUGAGUUAAGGGUGCACUUUCUUACAAUCUUGCGGACAGAACAGGGGCCCAAGUGAGACCCUCACGGGCUCCUUAGUUGCUGCUUUUACCUUAUGAGGGCCAAAGAGAUUAACUUUGCCACGCCUCAGAAGUUGCCCUGUUUCACCCAGAAGGGACUCAGUUUCCUCAUAUCACCUAACCAUGUGCCUGGAGGAGCCGUGUGUGCUCUUCCACCUGGCCCACCCUGUCUGCCAGGAGCUGAGAGGGCCGAGGGGCAGAUUCAGUGUGCCAAGAGCCAGGCCAUGCAGGGCGGGCCUGCUGCCCACCAUCUGCUGAGGAAGACCUUCCUCCUGCUCCUCGCCUCGCCGUGCCUGUUGUCUGGGAGAAGGAUGGUCCCUUUGUCUUAAGCCUUUCCCAGUCGUCUCCAGAUAGGGUGGCCUCUAGCAGCCCUUCUGAAGUCGUGGGUGGUCGGGAGCCCUCUGAGGUGCAGAGCAUCUGGUAGACUGACCUGCCAGGCCAGGUGGCUCUACUGCUUUCUAACUUUCUAAGAACCUUUUCCUUUCCUAAAGAGUUCUACAGUUAUUUGACAAAUGUAUGUGAGUAUCAUGUUUCCUUGUGGUGUACGCUCUGCUCUGGUUUGUUUUAAAUCAAAUGCCUGUUUGGGAGGAGAUGAACGUAUUUAGUCUCUUAGAUUUGCGCUGCUGGAUUUUUUUAAAAAGUGUAAUCUUGACUAGCUGUCUUAUUGUUUAUCCUGUAAAAUUAGUCUAUCAAUUAAAGUUUGAUAAUUAA